GUCCUGUCGAGGUACUCCGAGCUCACACACCUUUCAAAUCUGGAAGACAUCGGCCGGCUUCGAGGCGUAGGGUGGGUGCUGGAGGAUAGAGCACAGAAGAUGGCGAACUGCUGGCCGGGAACACUAGUUUCUCGUACAUCUGCUAUGGCGGUUUUGGCAGCCGCCGUGCUGAUGAUGGAGACGGGGAGGAGGCUGACAGUGGCCAACUCUGCGAACCAAAGUGUUCGCGUUCAGCAGCGUGAUCAGAUGCUGUUGCAGGCCCUGGUUCUGCGUCGGACCGGAGGCGACUUAUAAUGUGGAUUGUUUUAUCGGGGAAGCUGCUUCGCUGGGUGCUCAACUGGCUGUCUGUCCAGAGGCUUUUAUUGUUGGAUAUCCGCGUGGUGCUACGUCCGUUAUCGGCAGUCGUUCUGUGAAAGGUCGUGAGGAUUAUCGCAAAUACCUUGCCUCAGCUGUAAAUGAGCCAGGUCCGGAAGCGGACAGGCUAGGUGCAAUAUCUGGUAGAUUCAAAGUACACUUGUUCAUGAGCGUUAUUGAGCCGUCAGGUGUAAAAUUGUAUUGUGUUCCGACAUCAGAUGCCAGAGGUAGCUGGAAAUCAUCCAUAUUACAGAUCGCCAUGGAAGGUGGUUGUUUUGUGUUAUCUGCGAAUUAGUUUGGUGAAGGAAAGAGUUUAAGUUUGUACCCGAGUACACACCUUCGGAGGCUUUGGGGACCUGGAGCAUUCUCUGGACGCAGUUGUUUGGUGGUGGUGAGAGUUUCAUAAUGUCUCCCACAGGCAACUUAACUGCUGGCUCAAAUCGUGAAGUCGAUUCACUUCUUGUUGCAGACUUAGGAAGGUGAUUGCAUGAAAGGAUUAUCAGGGAGAUGUGGAUUUGAAGUUGGAACCAUUCACAUAAAAAUUGACCUUCUUCCCAUCGCACCACAAUCGCGUCCGGAAGCGGACAGGCUAGGUGCAAUAUCUGGUAGAUUCAAAGUACGCUUGUUCAUGGGCGUUAUUGAGCCUUCAGGUGUAAAAUUGUAUUGUGUUCCGACAUCAGAUGCCAGAGGUAGCUGGAAAUCAUCCAUAUUACACAUCGCCAUGGAAGGUGGUUGUUUUGGGUUAUCUGCGAAUUAGUUUGGUUGAAGGAAAGAGUUUAGGUUUGUACCCGAGUACACACCUUCGGAGGCUUUGGGGACCUGGAGCAUUCUCUGGACGCAGUUGUUUGGUGGUGGUGAGAGUUUCAUAAUGUCUCCCACAGGCAACUUAACUGCUGGCUCAAAUCGUGAAGUCGAUUCACUUCUUGUUGCAGACUUAGGUGUAAAAUUGUAUUGUGUUCCGACAUCAGAUGCCAGAGGUAGCUGGAAAUCAUCCAUAUUACACAUCGCCAUGGAAGGUGGUUGUUUUGGGUUAUCUGCGAAUUAGUUUGGUUGAAGGAAAGAGUUUAGGUUUGUACCCGAGUACACACCUUCGGAGGCUUUGGGGACCUGGAGCAUUCUCUGGACGCAGUUGUUUGGUGGUGGUGAGAGUUUCAUAAUGUCUCCCACAGGCAACUUAACUGCUGGCUCAAAUCGUGAAGUCGAUUCACUUCUUGUUGCAGACUUAGGUGUAAAAGUGUUUUGUGUUCCGACAUCAGAUGCUAGAGGUAGCUGGAAAUCAUCCAUAUUACACAUCGCCAUAGAAGGUGGUUGUUUUGGGUUAUCUGCGAAUUAGUUUGGUUGAAGGAAAGAGUUUAGGUUUGUACCCGAGUACACACCUUCUGAGGCUUUGGGGACCUGGAGCAUUCUCUGGACGCAGCUGUUUUGUGGUGGUGAGAGUUUCAUAAUGUCUCCCACAGGCAACUUAACUGCUGGCUCAAAUCGUGAAGUCGAUUCACUUCUUGUUGCAGACUUAGAUCUUGGUGAAGUUGUGAAGGCUUAAUCCGACUUUGACGUUGUAGGUCACUACUCCAGGCCAGACGUUUUCAGUCUCGUCGUCAGAGUUGUGCCUUCUCUUCUGACAUUAGCAUCAGGUGGGAUCUAAUGUAACGUCGAGCUCUGUGAAUAUGAAACCUUAUGUUUUUUGACUUUUCAUUUUUUUGUCACGUUCUACUUACGAAUC